AUGGAAGUUCAUCCCCAUUUUGGUUUGAGUGAUAUUCCCUCGAAUGGAUCUGGGCAUUCACUUGUAGCAUAUGAAAGUUAACUAGUACUUUUUGGAGGAAUACAUGAUAUAACUUGGAAAUUGGAUGACUUACUAGCUUUUAAUAUAAAUAAGAAUGGAAACCAAUUAAUUAAGAUACUUCUCAAAGAAAGGAAAUUGAAGUUCCUUCUCCUACUAAAUCUAUUCAAUGUCAGUAGAUUAACACCAAUAAUCAGACCUAUUAGUUUAAGAAAGCUUCAUGUUAAACACCUAAAAAAGUAAGAUCCUAAACUCAAUCUUAACAAAUAUUAUUUUCCUAAGAAUUAGAAUAUAGUAAUGAAUGAGGCUAAUAAAAACAAGAUUCUUCCAUUAUUUCUUCAAUAAAUUAUGUUCAAGAAAGAAAGAAUCACAAAGCCUUAAGAAAAAGUCUGCGAUGAUAAAACUGUACGAUGUUGA